CUGCAAGGCUGUCUCCAGUGGAGCUGCGAGAGAGAGAGAGAGAGAGAGAGAGAGCACAGUGCGUGAAGUGCCAUGAUUUUUUUUUUUCAUUCUCUCUGCUCUCGCAGUGCUAAAAGCUGAGACUGACUGAGACUCUCUCUCUCUCUUCUUGUUCAGCUUUUCCUCCAUUUGGCCAAGCACUCGCCGCGUGACCCCGAAGGCUUUACGCUCCGGCUAAUGGAUGUAGAUCUGGCGCCUGUUGCUAUUCCAUCCAUCAAUAGGAGGUUACGGUGAAAGAAGUUGAUGAGCGCAAUUUCACUGAUGGAGUGGAAUGCGAAACCUCCUUUGCCAUGGGAUUGGGAAAAUGUCAUGGUGUUCAAUUCAAAAGCAACUGAAACCUCCAAGCCACUGCGGGCAACUGAUUGGGAUAUUGUGGCAGAGGAACUGAUUGACCCUGGAUCCUUAUUUCUGUAUGAGAAUGGUGGUGGCAGCAGCAGUUGUACCAGCAUUGAUCCGGGUUACACUUCUGUGUCUAAGAGCUCGAAAUCAGCUUCUGUCAAUUCUUCAUCUACAGAAGAAUUGAAAAUCUCGAAAUUCUCUGUGGAGGCUCAUGAAGGUUUUUCUCUGCAAAGUAGCAAGAAAGAUUUGGCAAUGAAUGAAUUUUCUGGAAAGUCACCAGCAGUUGAGUCUUCAGUCUGCUCUGGUGAGCCAUUGCUCAGUCUAAAGCUCGGAAAAAGAAUAUAUUUUGAACAUGCUGUUGACAAGGACCAUGUGAAGACCCCAGACCUUCCUUUGGUCGUGAAAUCACCUGAUACUCCAGCAAAGAGAAACAAGUCCAACUGUCUGGGCACUCCCCCACGGUGCCAAGUUGAAGGCUGUAACCUUGACCUCUCUUCAGCUAAAGAUUACCACCGCAAGCACAGAGUUUGUGAGAGUCACUCUAAAUGCCCUAAGGUCAUUGUCAAUGGUGUAGAGCGUCGGUUUUGUCAGCAAUGCAGCAGGUUUCAUGGGCUAUCUGAAUUUGAUGAAAAGAAGCGCAGCUGUCGCAAGCGCCUAUCCGAUCACAAUGCUAGACGUCGCAAGCCCCAGCCAGAUGUGGCCCAGUUGAAUCCAGCUAGACUGUCUGCACUAUUUUAUGGUGGGCUGCAGCAGUUGAAUCCAGUCUUGAGCAGAGGUCCAGCUAUCCACACCAGGUCUGCUGAUAGUAUGAAAUGGGCUGACACACAGGCUACUAAGCUCAUGGAGAAAGGUCCGAAGCUUCCAAUUAUCAGAGGUGUUGGUGAGUGUAUCACUAUCCCAAGCAAUGUGAUAUCAGACACCCUCAAGUCCACUGGAUUGGGGAAAGGUCGUGACGAACUUCUAUUAUUGAAAGGCAUGCCAGUCAAAACUAUUGGUGGAGGUUUAGGGGAAUCUCUGGCAUCUCCCAAUUUGGACGUAUCACAAAGCAUUCAACGUGCUCUCUCUCUUCUGUCAACUGAUUCUCAUGAUCCAAUUAGACAAAAAUGCACGCCACAUGAGCAUUUUGUUCAUGCAAAUAACAAUUGCAUGAGCGCAGAUCAGCCAGCGAUGUAUGCCUUUGGCCAAAGCUCAAGGCUGGCUUCAUCUGGAUACUGGCAAGCUGAACAGCAGCCGAAGCAAGCCCAGACACACAUCUUGAAUCCUCGCAACGAGAGCAGCAUCAUCAACUUUGGCGGCAACGGUGUGCAAGAGUGCCUACUCUCGGAGGCACGGCAAGAAUUUAGCUUCGAUUCCGUCCAACUGAACUGACUGCGUGUGGGCGUUUGAAACUGCAUUUUCAGGUAAUUGCAGCAUGCGGUCAUCUUUCUUGUGCCGGCGCUGUCCAUCCAGCUCCAUUUUCUCAGGUCAGACUUGGUGAUGGGGUGAAGAAUAAAUGGUUGGGAAGCUCCUUCGGCUAUCAAGUGACCUAAAUGCGCGGAUUCCAUGAAACCUCAUGUAAAAAAGGAAAAA